AUGCAUCGCUUUUUUGCAGAGCUGGAGCCAUCUCUAUCCGUCACUGAGCAAAACCUGGCAGACCGAGUUAGGUACAUCCUGCGCUCCAAUAUAUUUGGUGACGCCGAACUCGAGCGACUACGACGUGAGGCUAUUCCUUCAUCGAAUGGAAAUGCUACGGCUGGGAAUGCGGCGCCACUAGAUGCGCAACAAACUGCAUAUGUGGAUGCUGCCGUCAACAUUCCAUUUGUGGCUAAUUCAGACGAUGAUGGAAUAGUCUCCCACGAACUAGAGAUAAUGAGGAGCAUAUUGGAAGAGUCGAUGCUGGAAACGCGCAGCAUGCCUCUCGAAAAUCGACCGCGACUUCCCCGCAUACCCCUUAGCAAGCGAAAUCGGGCUGUCGUGCGGGCUCUUAACCCAAUGCUGGUGACCUAUUUGGAAGCCAGCCGGGACCUUUGCGAGACGGAUUCAAUUCUUUUUGGCGCCGCACUGGCAGUAUGCCGUAUUAUUGGCGCCAAACUUCCCGUGGCUGGACGUGCUACUCAAAAAAGUAGCGCCAUCCCAGCCUGGAGAAAAAGAAUUGAGGACCGUAUCGCAAAGGCAAGGGCCCUUAUUGGCAGACUGACAAGCUUCAGGUCGGGUAAUAAUAGACCGAGGAUUAUGCGCACCGUUAGGAUGGCGUUUGCUGGGACAAAUAUCAAUUUGUUCCAGCCGGAUAUCACGCAAAAACUAACGGAGCGCAUAGAUGACCUGAAGCAAAAAAUCGCUGCUUGGGGGAAGCGGAUUCGACGAUUUAGCGAGAGGUCAAGGCGGUUCAACCAGAAUCGUCUCUUCCAGAGUGAUCAGAAGAGGCUCUAUAAAACAUUGGAGCGACCAGAGGUAUGUGGAGCGGGCCCAGGACCGGAUCAGGCUGACACUGUCGCAUUUUGGCGUGGCCUGUGGUCAGAGCCCGUAAACCACAGCGCGGGCCCUUGGAUGGAAGUUGUGGCGAGCCAGAGUGCAAGUGUUACGCCUAUGGACCCCGUCACCAUAACGCCUGAAGACGUGGCUGAGGCGGUCCGUAGGGCCCCGAACUGGAAAAGUCCGGGGCUCGACGGGCUGCAUCAUUACUGGCUGAAGGGGUUCGUAGUGUGUCACGCUGUGCUCGCCCGACAGUUUCAAGAGGCUCUCGAUCAGAAGUCGCUCCCGAGCCUCUUCACUACUGGGAUCACUCAUUUGGUUCCUAAAGAUCAGGAUACCGCAGACCCGAGCAAAUACCGCCCCAUCACAACCCAACCAGAUGAGAAAACUAUAUAG